ACGUUUUAAAAAUAUUUUUUACUAGACAAAAAACACGAAUACAUUUGUGUCAAGUAUGCUGAUAACUUUAAUUUAUUUUUCUAUCACUGAUGCACGAUUAUACUUUGAGAUAAUAAGUUUAAACUGUGUUUGUCGCAUUUUUGUACCAAUAAAUUUAUAUUAAUAAAUAACAAUAUUUUCUAAAAAUACACUUCAAAAGUGAACGAAGUUAUCAAAACUUAAUUUCGUCUAUUUUAGGUGUCUUUCUUUCUCUUGCUGAACAUUGCGCAGCCAGACGAUGAGAGUCCAACUCCAGUCUCCAAGUCCCUUGAUUUGUCAUUAACAUGAUUGUUUAGGCUAAAGCCAAAAGGGUAUCGGUUUGUUUUAACUUAAAUGAGACAUUUAAAGAAUCUUUAUUAAUGUUAUGCAUUUCUGAAACUUGUAUAUAAAAAUAUAAACAAUUAUGAAUAAUAAUAUAUAAUGUCAUGUAUAAGAGUUGGAGAGCAUGAAGAACUUUCUUCUGAUAACCGUGUUUUUUUAACUCAUUGGGUCCCAAAAGAUUGUAACCAAACACGGUAUAGAAAUUAAUGUGGUCAAAAGAGCAUAUCAAUAGCGAAAAGAAAAUGAUUUUUUUGCAUCAUUAUUUAUGUGAGGGUUCUUACAUAAUCGUCUUUUCCUCUCCCUCUCCAAUUAAAUCAUGUCCCCUCGCCAAAUCUAAGAGCCAUAGUCAAGUUAACGUCAUAAGCGAUAACAAUACGUGGGUGAUUACAUCAUUCAGAAUACAGAUGCAGGUCUCACAAAGGCCUUCGGUUAAAAACAGCUCAUAUCAUAUUGGACACGAAUCAGACCUCUAAUGUCCCCAGCUCACAGUAGAUUGAUGAUCCAUUUGAUUAUUAUUACCAUCUCCUUUCCUUUCCCAUGGCCACCAACCCGUCAACAGCAUGCAAAUUUCCCAUGCAAUUACGUAUAUGCUAAUCAUGACAACGUCACUUACAUACAUAUCAGAGUUACAUAUAUCAAAAUAAUAACUUCAAUUUUCUCACAUCCAUCUCUCUUACAUUUUCUUCAAAUAUAUUUUUUUUCUUGGGUGUGAGAGAAUCAAUUUUGACAUAAAAGGUUGCAUUCAAUAUAUCCAUUAAUAUUACCUAUCCAAAUCGGCUCACGUGUUCAACACGUGAGACUCACAACACCAUUUCCUCAGGUAAUUGUCCACACUGCAACACUCACUACCUUCGGUACUGCCUACUUGUCCUCAUCCUUUAACGUAUUUAUUGGUUGAAUUUCCUAAGCUUAAUUUGCCGAAUAAACCUUACCCUUCUACCACCGCCAUUCUAGUAGCUUCAUGCACGGGUAUAUAAGCACACAUUUUAUCAAUAUUCAAGCAAAUCUUAUAUUCUUAUCAAUUGUUUUUGUUCAAGCACGACUAAAAACACCUUUUUCGUCAUACCAACAUUUACAGAAGCAAGGAAUAAUCCACAGGAAUCAUGGUGGAGAUUCACGAAGAAAUCAACCCCUUUGAUGAAGAAAAAGAUGAAGAGAAUGAAGAGGAGGAAAUUGGCUAUGACGAGCUGAAGAAGCGAAUGUGGAAGGAUCGUAUCCUGCUGCAGAAGCUAAAGGAAAAACGCCACAAAGAAGAGCCAGACCAAGAAGCAAAACAAGAAGCAACAAGGCGUAAGAAGAUGUCAAGAGCACAAGAUUCAAUCCUAAAGUAUAUGGUAAAGAUUAUGGAAAUUUGCAACGCUCAAGGGUUUGUGUACGGGAUUGUGCCAGAAAAGGGUAAGCCAAUGGCAGGUUCUUCUGACAGCUUGCGUGAGUGGUGGAAAGAAAAAGUCAAAUUCGAUCAAAACGCUCCAAGUGCCAUUGCAAAAUACAUGCCACUCCUUGGGACAAAUGAGUUGGAUCCAACUUCCUAUAUACAUCUCCUUAAUGAUUUGCAAGACACUACUUUGAGUUCUCUCCUUUCUGCUCUCAUGCAACAUUGUAUACCUCCCCAAAGAAGGUUCCCUCUUGAAAGAGGCUUGGCUCCACCUUGGUGGCCCACUGGAUCAGAAAAUUGGUGGGGUGAACAAGGCCUUCUGGCCCAUGAACAUGGCCCACCUCCUUAUAAGAAACCCCAUGACCUAAAAAAGGCUUGGAAAGUUUCUGUUUUGGCUGCAGUCAUCAAACACAUGUCUCCUGAUUUCGAUAAACUGAGAAGGUUGGUGACUCAGUCCAAGACUUUGCAAGAUAAGAUGACAGCCAAGGACACAGAAACUUGGUCAAAGGUUAUGAACCAAGAAGCAGCUUUGCUGCAAUUGACUAACAAGUGCCUCAAGAUAUCUCCAUCAAAGGAAGAUGAAAACGAAUGUGAAAGUUCUACUACCCAUGAAAGGAGACAUGUGGCUGAGUUGAAUGAUUAUGACUCUUAUUUAUUUGGCAGCAGUGAGAAACGGAAGAGUGUGUUUGAUUUAGAUGCUGCUGUUGAUAAGCUUUAUGGUUGCCAAUAUGCCCAGUGUCCACAAAGUGAAUUGUGUAUGGGAUUCCCGGACAAAAACUCAAGAAUGAACCAUGAAUCCCUCUGUGCUUACCGCACAGAACAAAACCUUGAUCUGAUCCACGAUUAUCUGUCCAAUGACACACAAAUGCCAAGUGUAGAUGAUUGGAUGAGCAUGGGGGUAGCAAGAGCUAAUAAUCAGAAUGAGAAUGACCUUGUUGUGCAUCUGAAUGAUCGGUUAAGAGAGAUUGCGGGUAGGACAGCAGAAGAUUAUGAAAGCUUAUGGAUAAAUGGCAUUGACCAUCUUGAAUUGCAAGCGGCAUUGGAGAUGGCAAGAGAUAGCAUGGGCUUGAAUCAAAAUCCAGUGCAAGAGAUCCCACAAGGCCAAGAAGAAACCUCUAUUUGGGACUUGACAUACAAAUAA